AUGGCCGCUAAGUCGGAUGGAGCAGCAGUGUCUGUGGAAGAUGACAACACGCCCAGGAGCCUGUCGGAGCCGGGGAACCCCGCCGCCCGGCCCCGCUGCACGGCGGCCGGCGGGAAGCCCUUCACCCUGCUGGACUGCUGCUGGGUGCUGUGCGCGCUGCUCGUCUUCUUCUCCGACGGCGCGACCGACCUGUGGCUGGCCGCCGACUACUACCUGAGAGGCGACUACUGGUGGUUCGGCUUGACGCUGGUCUUCGUCGUGGUGCCCUCCGCGGUCGUCCAGGUGCUGAGCUUCCGCUGGUUCGUGUACGACUACUCGGAUCUGAGCGGCGGAGGAGGAGGCGGCGGCGGCGGCGGCAGCGGCGGCGACGGAGCGGCGAGCGGCGCGGCGGCGGCAGCAGGCGGAGCGGCCGACGCGUUAAGCACCAAGGACAGCGACCAGCGCGGCGGGAGCGCGGCGGCGGCGGCAGCGGGGAACGCUGCGAACGUUACCCCGGUGUACACGUCCUCCGGGCCGCCGGUGACGGCCGGGAGAGUCGGCGCCCCCCCGAGGUGCUGCACCGUCUGCAUGUGGGUCUUUCAAACCGUGCUGCACGUCCUGCAGCUGGGGCAAGUGUGGAGGUACAUCCACGCCCUCUACCUGGGCGCUCAGAGCCGAUGGCACGGCAACGGGCCUCGCCGCCACUUCCACUGGCGGCUGAUGUUCGAGAGCGCUGACAUCACCAUGCUCCGCCUCCUGGAGGCCUUCCUGAAGUCGGCGCCGCAACUCGUCCUGCAGCUGAGCAUCAUGAUCCACGGGAACGCCGUCCUGCCCCUGCAAGGUCUCUCGGCCUCGGCCUCCCUGGUCUCGCUGGCCUGGAUGAUCGCCUCCUACCAGAAGGUCCUCCGAGACUCCCGCGACGACAAGCUGCCCAUGUCCUACAAGGCCGUGAUCGCCCAGAUGCUGUGGCACUUCUUCACCAUCGGGGCAAGGACCGUGGCCUUCGCCCUGUUCGCCUCCGUCUUCCAGCUCUACUUUGGCAUUUUCAUCGUCAGCCACUGGUGUGUCAUGACCUUCUGGAUUAUCCAAGGCGAGACCGACUUCUGCAUGUCCAAGUGGGAGGAGAUCAUCUACAACAUGGUGGUGGGUAUCAUCUACAUCUUCUGCUGGUUCAACGUCAAGGAGGGCCCUAGCCGCUUCCGCAUGACCGUCUACUACUCUGUGACGCUGGCCGAGAACGUGGCGCUGACCGCCGCCUGGUACACCUACCGCGGACCGCACACCUCCGACUCCUACGCCCUGGUGGUGGUGUGCCUGGUGGCCUGCAGCUUUGCCCUGGGAACCUUCUUCAUGCUGGUGUACUACUGCUGGCUCCACCCCGACGGGCCCGUCCUCGGUUCGCAGUGGGGCGGAUGCGUGGACGAGGGCGUGGUGGGUUCAGGAGGGGUGGCGGGAGUGAUUGACGCUUGCCUUACUCCAUCCCAAGGGUCCCAAACGGACAUGGUCAUUACCAGUCCUCCGAGGACUCUGCCCAGGACUAAAGACACGGGGGAGCCGGUUCCCGGGGAGCGAGACAGGGACAGUUGCCUGCCCGUCUUCCAGGUCCGUCCCUCCCCGUCCUCCUCUCCUGCACUCCUGCACAGGACCUCCUCCUCAUCUCGUGCACAGGAGGGCCCUGUGAUCCGGAUUGACCUCCCGAGAAAGAGAUACCCGGCCUGGGAUGCACACUUUAUCGAUCGGCGCCUCCGCAAGACCAUCCUGCUUCUGGAGACCACAUCAGCCGUCAGUCCCAGGAUACAGUACAGGAGUAGCAUGAUGGGCAGCAAAGAGGUGUUAGAAUAUGAGACAACUGUUUAA